AAAAUAUAUGUAUUUGAAAUUAUUCGUAUUUGGUGAAUUAUAAUAAAAAUAAUCGAAAUUUUGUGUGUAAUAAUAUGACAACUUACUUCUACUAUCCGACUAAGGAAGUGCAGGAUGAAUUGUCCUGCACUGCCAAAGCGCUUGUCGCUCCUGGCAAGGGGGUCAUCACCGCAGACGAAUCGUCAUCGACUAUGGGCAAGCGAUUCCAAUUGAUUGGCGUGGAAAAUACUGAGGAGAAUCGUCGUCUGUACCGUCAGCUUCUUUUCACAACAGAUCCGAAGAUAUCGGAAAACGUAUCUGGUGUAAUUAUGUUCCAUGAGGCGCUCUACCAAAAGACGGACGGCGGAGUGCCCUUUGCCGAGGUGCUGCGCAAAAAGGGCAUCAUUCCGGGAAUUAAGGUAGACAAGAAUUCGGUGCCGCUUUUCUGCUCAAUGGACGAGUACACCACCCAGGGCUUGGAUGACCUUCAUUUGCGCUGCGCCCAGUACAAAAAGGACGGCUGCGACUUUGCCAAAUGGCGCUGUGUAAUUAAAAUUGAUAAGAACACGCCCUCCUACCAGGCCCUCAUGGAGAACGCCAAUGUACUGGCCCGCUAUGCGGCCAUCUGCCAAUCACAGCGCAUGGUGCCUAUUAUAGAGCCCGAGGUGCUAGUGAACGGUGACCAUGAUCUGGAUCGCUGUCAAAAGGUUACCGAAGCCCUGCUGGCCGCUGUCUUUAAGUCGCUAAAUGAUCAUCAUAUCUACUUAGAGGGCAUACUGCUCAGACCCAACAUGGUGACGGCCGGUCAAAACAGCAACAAGAACAAUACGCCCGCCGAAAUUGGCAUGGCUACCAUUUUGGCCCUGCGCCGCACUGUGCCACCUGCUGUGCCCGGCAUUAUGUUCUUGUCGGGUGGCAUGUCGGAGGAAGAGGCCUCUGUUAACUUGAAUGCCACCAACAAUGUGCCACUGUGCAAGCCCUGGGCUCUGACCUUUUCCUUUGGACGCGCUAUGCAGGCCUCUGCCAUGCGGUCCUGGGGCGGCAAGAAGGACAACGUUCUCACAGCUCAAAGUGAGCUUAUUAAGCGCGCCAAGGCUAACAGUUUGGCCAGCAUUGGAAAAUACGUACCUGGCUCAGUUGAAGGCUCGGCGGGAGCCGAAAAAUUGAUAGUCGAUGCAUAUGAAAUGUGAAUUCCUGCCCAGAUAUAAGUUACUGAGGAGCAAGUGCCGCGAAAAGCUCCCGAUCCUGUGGAAGUUAAAAUUUAUAAUCGACAUAUACACAUAGUAAAUACAUGUGCAUUAAGCA